UUGAAACAAACACACUGAGUCACAUUGUUGAGGUAACAAUGACAUAAAAUGCAAUAAUGCAGGUGUUGAAUAGACUUAUACGCAUCAUCAGAGUAAAAAAUAAAUAUGAGCCAGGCCUUAAAUUCACACCUUUUUAUUCUUCUAAUUACCAGAAAUUUAACAAUGAGUGGUGGAUCGGACGGCCGGUGAAGGAGGAUGGUGUGGUGGGCUUCAUUCCUAGUCCAGUCAAUCUGGAAACCAUUCUCAUCAAAAGAGAAGUCCAGGCGAGGAAAGCUGCCAAGGCCUUAGCCAACAAAGCAGCGUCUCAAGUAGCUCAAGAUAUGAACUCAAAGAAAUAUACUCCUCCAUCACAAGCCAAUCAGCAGGUGAAAAAGAAACCGGGGGAGCAGGUGUCUAUGUAUGAUGUAGUGCCUACAAUGCGUCCUGUGGUUCUAAUGGGACCAUCACUAAAGGGUUUAGAGGUUACAGAUAUGAUGCAAAAAGCACUAUUUGACUAUUUAAAACAUCGAUUUGAAGGCAGAAUUACUAUUACACGGGUAACAGCAGACAUCUCUCUGGCUAAACGGUCCAUCCUCAACAACCCUGGCAAAAAAGCCUUAAUGGACCGGUCGAACACCCGCUCCAAUUUAGAUGCUGCCGCCCAGAUCCAAGGGGAGGUGGAGCGUAUCUUUGAGCUCGCCCGCAGCAUGCAGCUGGUGAUUCUAGAUGCAGACACAAUCAACCACCCGCUCCAGGUGUCCAAGACCUCCCUGGCACCCAUCCUUGUCUAUGUCAAGAUCUCCUCACCAAAGGUGUUGACGAGACUGAUCAAGACUAGAGGGAAGUCACAGACCAAGCAUCUUAAUGUUCAGAUGGUGGCCGCAGACAAGCUCGCCCAAUGCCCGACGGAAAUGUUUGACGUCAUCUUAGAUGAGAACCAGCUAACUGAUGCCUGUGAGCACAUUGCUGAUUAUCUGGAGUCUUACUGGAGAGCCACUCAUCCACCAGAGAUGGAGCCUCCCAACGCAAUGGUGGCCCAGCUGGCCGAGAAUACACUGCCCACCAGUCCUUCAGCAAUACCGGAUGGGCAGAAAAACAAGAAGUCAGCUGCCCCCAAGAGGAAGGGUUCCAGAGAGAACCAUUUAGACCAGGAGCAACCUUUAGCCCCAGCACAGGAGCAGAGGGCUGAGGAGGGCCAAAAAGAGGAGGAAGAGCAGCUACUGAGGACUGAAUCAAAGAGACCCCAGCACACCCACCACCAUCACCACCGCCGGAUGGAGCAUCACAGCCACAGCCAGCACAACCAAACAUCCGGUGGCAUGGAGGUACGGUCGAGCAGGGAUUAUAGCCAGAGGCUUCCCCGCAGGCGCCAGCCUGAGGAGAGGGAGGAGGAGGUGGAGGAUGUGGUGGAGGAGGAUGAGGAGGAGACGCGCUAUAACCACCGAGGCCAUAACCACCACCAUCAUAACAGCAACCACCACCAUCACCACCACCACCAACAACAACAACAACAGCAUCACCGUGGAAACAGCCAGUCACACGUUAAGGAAGACUAUGAGCAAGAGCACAAUGAACGCAACCGUCAGCACAGACAUCACCAGCAUAUUCCACCACGGACACACCAAACAGGUCGCUACCCUGCACACAAUCAUCACAACUACCAUGGCAGAGACAGGGACAGGGACAGGGACAGGGACAGAGACAGAGACAGAGAUAGAGAUAGACACAAGGAGAGAGAAAGAGACAGAGAUAGGGACAGAGAGAGAGAUCGAGGUAGAGAUAGAAACAGAGAUGCACGACAAUUGCACAGGGAUUCCUAUAUACACUAGUGACUGUUGUGUCUUCUGUGGGUUGGUGCAUGGUUUUAUGCUGCUCAAGUUAUAAUGCACUAAUGGACAGGACAGAGUGUGUCAUCUUUGUAGAAAUGUUACUCCUCAUAUUGUUUGACUUUUUUGUACGCUCUGCCACUCACACACACACACUAUCCUUCUUUGUUUCUCUGUUUUUUCGUAUUAGUUCUUAUUUUCCUUAUUACAUUAGACAAGAUUAUUGUAACGGUGUGCUCAUGCAGCAUGUGUUUUUGAUUUUGCAUUGGUCACGCAAAAUGUACAGAAGCCAAGAACAGUCGAGGUUGCAGUAAUUUCAUUUUAUCAAUUAAAUUACUUUUCUUGUUA